AUGAGCGUGUAUACUCAGGCAGAGAUGGUAGCUCUGGAUCGGGAACGCUUGCGUCAGGAAGGCUACGCACUCUUCGGUAAGCUGAUACGCACAAAGGACCCAGCUCGCUUUCAGGGAGAUGAGAGUUCUGACACUAAGCUCAAGAAGGUGCUGACCACUGUUGACCUGACCUCUCUGGGCGUAGGGUCAUGUGUGGGUACUGGUAUGUACCUGGUAGCUGGUAUGGUGGCCAAGAAUAUCGCUGGACCUGGUGUCAUACUUUCCUUUACCAUAGCUGCUAUAGCGUCUAUAUUCUCAGGUGUGUGCUACGCCGAGUUCGGAGUGCGUGUGCCCAACACCUCCGGAGGUGCCUACAUGUACAGCUACGUGACGGUGGGAGAGGUUAUGGCGUUCAUCAUUGGUUGGAACAUGGUGCUGGAGGAGCUCAUUGGCACUUCUGCCUGCGCCUGUGCUCUCAGUGCUUGCUUUGAUGCUAUCGCUAACGGUGCCAUCUCCUCCGCCAUGAGAAACACCUUUGGCACUAUGUUCGGUGAACCCCCGGAUUUGCUGGCCUUCCUGCUGACGGUGAUGAUGGGAGGGGUGCUGGUGGCCGGGGUGCGCAAGUCAGUGCUGUUCAACAACGCGCUGAACCUGGCCAAUCUGUGCGCCUGGGUGUUCAUCAUGGUGGCCGGACUCUUCUAUGUGGACACCAGUAACUGGACUCAACAUGGAGGAUUUAUGCCCUAUGGAUGGUCAGGUGUGUUGACAGGUGCUGCCACCUGCUUCUACGCCUUCAUCGGCUUCGACAUCAUCGCCACGACGGGAGAGGAAGCUGUCAAUGCUCGCCGCUCCAUCCCUUACUCCAUCGUUAUCUCCCUCAUCAUUAUACUCAUCGCUUAUGUCACCUCCUCCGCCAUCAUCACACUGAUGAUGCCCUACGACAAGAUUGACCAGGACGCGGCCCUGGUACAGGUGUUCGGCCAGGUAGGCGCACCAAAAUGUAAGAACCUGGUAGCACUAGGUGCUCUGGCUGGCCUCACCGUCUCCAUGUUCGGUUCGAUGUUCUCCCUACCCAGGAUCGUUUACGCCAUGGCCAAGGAUGGCCUCAUCUUCAAGAGUUUGGCUGACGUGUGGGCGGUGACAGGGACCCCAGCCACAGCCACGGUGGUCUUUGGUCUGGGAGCCGCUCUGGCUGCUAUGUUCAUCUCCCUCACUGUACUCGUAGAAAUGAUGUCCAUAGGCACCUUGCUGGCCUACACACUGGUGUCAACCUGCGUGUUGAUCCUGCGCUACCAGCCUCACUCCACCACGCUACUGGAGAUGUUACCAGAGAGCAUCCGCACUCCACUGGGAGGAACACCGCUACCAGGCUCUCCCACACGUGUUCUCACCCACGCUGAGAUGACCACUGGCUUGGGACUACGACCUGGCGUCACAGCCACCGUCACCCCACAGCAUCUCACCGCAGCGCUGCAACAGAACGGCGGGGGGCGCAUCACCCCCUCCGGCCUCCCUCUGGACCAGAAGGUUACCGUCAAGCGUGUGAUGAGGUCGUCUCCUGACUCAGACGACACAGGCAACACUGAAGAAGGCAGUGGUGAGUCGUGGCGUCGUGAGGACGACUACAUGGUCAGUGACAAGUGCGAGAACAAGUAUUAUGGGGCAGUGCCAACCUCCACUGGCCCGGCCAAGUGGUACGACAGGUACGUGGAGAUGGUACAACAGACCUUCCCAGCGUUGUUCCCGUGGGUGGAGGAAGGUCCCUGUACCGAGGACACUGGCAGACAGGUCAUGAAGCUUGUAGGUGAGUCCUUCCCAGGGUAAAGAUCUGGGUUUCAUUACUACCUGAGGUGUUGAUAAAUGGUUCAGAGAACCGACAAGUUGAUAAAUUAGACACAUGUGCAACAUUUGGGU